AUGCGGUCCCCUAGAGAUGGAUCGUUCCGAAUAAUCAUUGCGGACAACAUGGCUGAUGAAAAUGGUCUGCAAGGAGAUAAAACCUUUGAGCAGGCUGCAGCAACAAUGAGCCAUUCAGAAAUCGUGGAGUCAGAGAUCCAAACUGUAGAAAAGAGUGACAACAAACAAGAUUCAGAAAAGAGCAAGGAGAAAAAAGAAAUCACUAAUGUAGUGCCAUAUUACAAGCUUUUCUCCUUUGCUGACCCCAUAGAUUAUCUAUUAAUGUUUGUCGGCACCAUUGCUGCAAUUGGAAAUGGAUCCUGCAUGCCCACCAUGACCAUAAUGUUCGGACAAAUAGUAAAUGCAUUUGGAAGUACUAGUACAAACAUUGAAGAAGUGACUCAUGAAGUUUCCCAGGUGGCUCUGAAGUAUGUGUACUUGGGUCUGGGUGCCAUGGUUGCAGCAUUCCUUCAGGUGUCUUGCUGGAUGGUCACUGGGGAGAGACAGGCUGCACGAAUAAGAAAUUUGUACUUAGAAGCCAUUCUCAGGCAAGAAAUUGGCUUCUUCGAUAAAGAAACUAGCACUGGAGAAAUUAUUGGGAGGAUGUCGGGUGACACUAUUCUAAUUCAAGAUGCAAUGGGUGAGAAGGUGGGGAAGUUCUUGCAGCUAGUUACAACAUUCACUGCAGGUUUUAUUAUAGCAUUUAUUAAGGGAUGGAAACUUGCUCUUGUCAUGGUAUCUUCCAUUCCCCUUCUUGUCCUCUCUGGUGCUUUCAUGGCCUUUAUUGUAUCAAAGAUGGCAUCCCGUGGGCAAACCGCUUAUUCCCAUGCAGCAAAUCUCGUGGACCAGACAAUUGGUUCCAUCAGAACGGUUGUAUCAUUUACAGGGGAGAAGCAAGUUGUGGAUCAAUACAACAAGUCUUUGACCGAAGCUGUCAAAACUGGAGUGCAUGAGGGCUUGGCUAUAGGAGUCGGUUAUGGUGUGGUUGCACUUAUUGUAUUCUCGACUUACGCUUUGGCUGUAUGGUUUGGUGCUAAAAUGAUUCUGAAUGAAGGUUAUAGUGGAGGAGAUGUCGUGAAUGUAAACUUCGCAGUGUUGACUGGCUCCAUGUCUCUAGGACAGUCAUCGUCUUGCUUAAGUGCAUUUGCUUCUGGACGAGCUGCGGGGUUUAAGCUGUUCGAGGUAAUUGAUAGGAAAUCACAAAUAGAUCCUUACAAAACCAAUGGACGGAUGCAAGAGGAUAUUCAGGGAGAUAUAGAACUGAAGGAUAUUCAUUUCAGUUAUCCUGCAAGACUUGAUGAGCAAGUAUUCAAUGGCUUCUCUCUCACAAUACCUACCGGUACCACUACAGCUUUGGUUGGAGAGAGUGGAAGUGGGAAAUCUACAGUUAUUGGUUUGAUUGAGAGGUUUUACGACCCACAGGCGGGCGAAGUUCUAAUAGACGGCAUUAACCUCAAAGAGUUCCAGCUCAAAUGGAUCAGACAGAAAAUAGGCCUUGUCAGCCAAGAACCUGUCUUGUUCGCUUGUAGCAUUAAAGAUAAUAUUGCCUAUGGGAAGGAUGUUGCAAGUAGUGAAGAAAUCAGAACUGCUGCUGAACUUGCCAAUGCUGCAAAAUUCAUAGAUAAACUUCCUCAGGGACUUGACACGAUGGUUGGCGAGAAUGGCACUCAGCUAUCCGGGGGGCAAAAGCAGAGAGUUGCUAUUGCUAGAGCAAUUAUUAAAGAUCCAAGAAUUCUCCUUCUAGAUGAAGCCACAAGUGCUCUUGAUACAGAAUCUGAAAGAAGCGUGCAAGCGGCAUUAGACAGGGUUAUGGUCAGCCGAACUACGGUUGUUGUUGCUCAUCGCUUGAGUACAGUAAGGAAUGCUGAUGCAAUUGCCGUUAUUCACCAAGGGAAAAUUGUUGAAAAAGGUUCCCACAUGGAGCUAACCAAAGAUCCUGAGGGAGAAUAUUCUCAGCUUAUAAAACUGCAGGAACUGAGGACACAAAAAGAUAAUGAUGUUCUAAAUGAUCCAGAUGGGCCAGAAAGCUUAGCAGAUUCUGGUAGAAAUUCAAGUAAACGUUCAUCUUUCAUAAGAUCAGUAAGUCGAGGUUCAUCCCUGGGACAUAGCAGUCGUCGCUCAUUCUCAGCUGCAUUUGGUGUGCCCACUGGAAUUGAUCUUCCAGAUACAACAGCAACAGAAGCCCAUAUUCUUGAUUCAGAGUCAUCAAAAUCACUUCCAGAAGUCCCACUUUAUCGCCUAGCCUAUCUUAACAAACCAGAGAUCCCAGUGUUACUGCUAGCUGCAGUGGCUGCAAUAGUUGCUGUUAUUCAACCAAUAAAGCAAUAUUUGUUUACUGUGGCUGGUUGUCAAUUGAUAAAACGGAUUCGAUCGAUGUGCUUUGAGAAAGUGAUUUAUAUGGAAGUAGGCUGGUUUGAUGAACCUGACCAUUCAAGUGGUGCAAUUGGCGCAAGACUUUCUGCAGAUGCGGCUAUGGUGAAAGUUCUGGUUGGAGACGCUCUUGGUAUGCUAGUUCAAAAUAUUGGAACUGCUGUUGUUGCUUUGUUCAUCGCCUUUCAAGCAUGUUGGCAACUGGCUUUCAUAAUGCUUGCGUUGUUACCUCUUCUGGGAGUUAAUGGAUUUACUCAACAAAAAUUCAUGAGAGGUUUCAGUGCAGAUGCAAAGAUAAUGUACGAGGAAGCAAGUCAAGUCGCCAAUGACGCUGUGAGGAAUAUUAGAACAGUUGCAUCUUUCUGUUCUGAAGAGAAAGUAAUGGAACUUUACCGUAAGUCUUGUGAAGGCCCCAUGAAGACAGGAAUAAGGCUCGGGUUGGUAAGUGGGAUGGGAUUUGGACUAUCUUUCUUCUUGCUCUUCACUGUUUACGCUACCAGUUUCUAUUCUGGAUCCCGUCUUGUCAGUGCUGGCCAUACAACAUUUGCUGAGGUUUUUCGUGUAUUUUUUGCUCUCACGAUGGCAUCAUUUGGGAUUUCUCAAACAAGUUCCCUCGCUCCUGAUCUCAUGAAAGCAAAGGGUGCUGCCGCUUCUGUAUUUGCAAUUCUGGACCGAAACUCAAAAAUAGACUCUAGUGAUGAUUCUGGGACAAUAAUAGAAAAUUUUAAAGGUGAAAUUGAGUUUCAACAUGUCAGUUUCAAGUAUCCCACAAGACCUGAUGUCCAAAUUCUCAGGGAUCUAUGCUUGGCAAUUGGUUCUGGCAAGACAGUUGCUCUGGUUGGAGAAAGCGGCAGUGGGAAAUCAACAGUGAUCUCAUUGCUGCAGAGAUUUUAUGAUCCUGAUUCAGGUUGGGUAACGCUAGAUGGAAUCGAAAUCCAGAAGCUACAAAUCAAGUGGUUAAGACAGCAAAUGGGCUUAGUCAGCCAGGAGCCUUCGUUAUUUAAUGACACUAUUAGAGCCAACAUUGCAUAUGGGAAGGAAGGAAACGCUACGGAGGCAGAAAUUUUAGCAGCAUCAGAACUGGCAAAUGCCCACAAGUUCAUCAGUAGUUUACAACAGGGGUAUGAUACAAUCGUAGGAGACCGAGGCAUCCAAUUGUCAGGAGGACAGAAGCAACGAGUGGCAAUAGCUCGAGCGAUCGUAAAGGCUCCGAAAAUAUUACUACUAGAUGAAGCAACCAGUGCUCUUGAUGCAGAAUCUGAACGAGUAGUUCAAGAUGCACUGGAAAAAGUUAUGGUGAAUAGAACCACGGUGAUAGUAGCCCAUCGACUAUCCACAAUUAAGAAUGCUGAUGUUAUAGCGGUGGUCAGAAAUGGAGUGAUUGCAGAGAAAGGAAAGCAUGAAACUUUGAUCAAUAUCAAGGAUGGUGUUUAUGCUUCCUUGGUAUCAUUACAUACAAGUGCUUCAUCGUCAUGA